CUGAAGCCACAGCUAGGUAACUAUGUAUACUCCCACCUACUGUCCGUCUACCAAGCGUCGCACCCAGAAGACAUCGACUCCGCCAUUAAAAUUGCUUUUACCAAACUCGACUAUGACAUCACCUUUGGAGCCAAGGACCGCAUCUUGAAAGCCCGCUCAAAGUCUCUCGCGGCUCAACUUCUGGCACCAGCCAUAGCCGGUUCAUGCGCAUUGCUCGCCUUCUACGACAACAGCACCAGCAUUCUUCGCGUCGCAUGCACGGGAGAUUCUCGAGCCGUCCUGGGCAGACGAGACGAAAAGACUGGACUCUGGACUUUAGUACCAUUGUCGGUCGACCAAGCCGGUGAUAAUCCUGACGAAGUUACCCGUAUCAAUGCUACCCACCCCAACGAGGAGUCCGUCAUUUCCGAUGGACGGGUUCUGGGAAAUCUGCAGCCCACCCGUGUCUUUGGCGACGCGGAAUACAAGUAUCCGCGUGAGGUAUCUUUGGGACUGCGAGAAAAGUACAACGCCCGUAAUCCCUCCAACCGCCUCCUAACACCACCAUACGUUACCGCUGAGCCCGAGAUCACCUCGACCCAGAUCGAGCCAACUAAAGGCGACUUUGUGGUUAUGGCCUCUGACUCACUGUGGGAAUGUUUGAGUAACGAGGAGGUGGUCGGACCCGUGGGACUCUGGUUGCAGAAGAACAGAGCCAAUGGAAGACCGAAGCAAAUUGAAUCGACGGGAGGUUCUUCCUGGUCGGCGCAGAAACUGUCCGUAACCCCAACAGCACUUGAAACCUCACGGAAAGCUAACCUUUUACGGGUUCGGCAAUGGCAAAUCGAUCGUAAGGAUGACCGAUUCGUCGUGGAAGACGACAAUAUUGCAACACAUCUUGUUCGUAAUGCAUUGGGCGGGCGCAACGAAGACUUGAUGAGCAGUCUAAUCGCAAUGCCACCGCCUAAUAACCGUCGAUUCAGGGAUGACUUUAUAGUUAUAGUAAUCUUCUUUGGGGAUAAUAAGAUUAGUCCUUUUAUAGCAAAGUUAUAA